AUGGUUGCUGGAAGGAAUUACGAUGCCAUUGUUGAUGUAUUAAGGAUGUCAGCUAGAUCUCUUAGUCAGAUUCCUCAAGUGAAUGUCGGUAAUCGGAAUGGUGAUGAUGAUGAGUUUCAUGUUUUGGAGAAAUUCCAGAGGAACAAUCCGCCUAUCUUUGAAGGAGAGCAUGAACCUGAUAAGGAGCAAGCUUGGUUGAAGGCAAUUGAGAAGAUCUUUCGAGUUAUGAAUUGUACUGAUGCACGGAAGGUGCAGUUUGGUACUCACAUACUCGAGAAGGAAGCUGAAGAUUGGUGGGGUAACACUGCUCAGAGGUUUGAUGAAGAGGAGUUGAUCAAGUAUUGUCCCUAUUACAAUACUAUGAAUGCUGAAAGGUCUAAGUGUUUAAAGUUUGUGAACAGUUUGCGACCUGAUAUCAAGAAGGCUAUCCGUUACCAACAGAUUACUCAUUUUGCGGACUUUGUUAAGAAGAGUCGGAUUUAUGAUGAGGAUAGUAGUUCCUACUACAAGUCUUUGAAUGAUAAGAAGGGCAUAGGUCAAUACCGUGGAAAACUGUACGAUGAUAAGAAGAAGAAAUCUAGUUAUGGCGAAAAGCUAAGUGGGGGAGAAACUAAUGCUACGGUUAAGUGCUUCAAGUGUGGCAUCGAAGGACAUCGUGCUAAUGAAUGA